UUGCUUUUACUUCAGUUAUAAAUCAUAUCAUUCCUUAGUCACCAUCAGUGGAGGCUGACUGAGAACUAACCACUCACCUCUUCCUCCAUCUUCACCACAUUCUCUUCUAUUUACCAUUAUACCCUUCUUCCAUAAACACAUUUUAAUGGAGCAUAGAAAAACCUGCAUUGUAGUGUUGCACACUCUCUUACUACUGAGAAUAGCUGUUGCAACAAUGGAGUUCAAGAAUCUAACACUACCUGGUCAACACCCUUCCCCUGAACUUGUUUCUCAAGAUAUUCAAAGGAAGGUAAAUGUAUCAAUCACAAGAAGAGAAAUGCUAGCAUACACCAACAUUGACUCCUCAAUCUCAUGUUUAACCGGCAACCCAAUCGACGACUGCUGGCGGUGCGAUCCAAACUGGCAUCUCAACCGUCAGCGCCUGGCCGACUGCGGCAUAGGCUUCGGCCAGUAUGCCGCAGGCGGCAAAGGCGGGCGUUAUUACAUCGUGACCGAUUCAUCCGAUCACGAUGUAAUAAACCCUCGCCCCGGAACCCUCCGGUACGCGGUCAUCCAAACCGAACCCCUUUGGAUAAUCUUCCUAACCAACAUGCACAUCCAACUCUCACAAGAACUCAUCUUCAACAGCUUCAAAACCCUCGAUGGCCGCGGCGCAAACGUCCACGUCACCGGGGGCGGCUGCAUUACUCUCCAAUACAUAACAAACAUCAUUAUCCACAACAUCCACAUCCACCAUUGUUACCAAUCCGGUAACACCAUGAUCCGGUCCAGCCCGACCCAUUUCGGGUACAGAACAAGGUCCGAUGGGGACGGGAUAUCCAUAUUCGGGUCACGGGACAUUUGGAUCGAUCACUGCUCGUUGUCACAUUGUAAAGACGGGUUGAUAGAUGCGGUGAUGGGUUCAACAGGGAUUACGAUAUCGAAUAACUUUUUUUCGCAUCAUGAUGAAGUGAUGCUGCUUGGGCAUAGUGAUGAGUACCUGCCCGAUUCGGGUAUGCAGGUGACCAUCGCGUUUAACCAUUUUGGUAAAAGUUUGGUGCAACGGAUGCCUAGAUGCCGGCGAGGGUAUAUACAUGUUGUUAAUAAUGUGUAUUCGAGGUGGGAGAUGUAUGCGAUCGGAGGGAGUGGGAAUCCGACGAUUAAUAGUCAGGGUAACCGGUAUACUGCUCCGGCUAAUCGUAAUGCUAAGGAGGUACAAAAUUUUGAUAAAGUGACAAAGAGGGUGGAAACAGCACAAGAGCAUUGGAAGGGAUGGAAUUGGAGGAGUGAAGGGGAUAUUCUUAUGAACGGGGCGUUCUUCGUGGCGUCUGGCGAAGGGUUAGAGCUAAAGUACGAGAAAGCGUACAGUGUAGAGCCGAAAUCGGCUGCCUUGAUCGAUCAACUUACCAUGAACGCCGGCGUGCUUGGUAGCAGGAGCAACAAGCUUGGGAAAUGGACCGGUGGUGACGGAGGUGUAGAGGAUGAUGAAAAUGACUAUGGUGAAGAUAGUGAUGGGUCUUCUAAGCCAAAUACUAUGAAUUUGAUUUCAUCUUUAUUGAUUGCAUUGUUAUGUUUCAUGUUUAUGUGCUCUUCAUGUGAUCCGGUUAUGUUAUUGUGAUACCAAAAGAUUUCGGAAAAAGUUCUCCGAAUUGAUUUUAAAUCGACAAGGAAUUCAAGUUUUUGGUUCUUGGUA